AUGUCAGAAAAAAAUAGCAUUUGUUUUGAAACACAAAAUCCACCUGUUAUAUUAGCAGUUAAAGAUCUUCAACUUAAAAAAUCUCAUAAUAAUAGGAAGAAAAAUCCAAUACGAUUACAAAAAUCGAAACCACCCAAAAAUUCAGUGAAAAUCAAACCAACAAUUAUAAAUAUUCAUUAUAAAUGGGCAUUAAUUCUUACUAUUUUCUGUUUUUUUAUUAUCGGGCCGGUUUGGGCACUUUAUAAGACUUCUGAACUACGUCGACUGAUAAAACGACAAGAACUAGACGCCGCUGAACGUUUAUCAGUUAAAAUGUCAACUGUACUUGUCUUAUCAACUAUUAUUGGUGCUGUGGCAUGGGCUGGUCUUCUAUUUUGCUCAGUCGGUCUUUUAUUAACUGGAAUAUUACUCGAGAAACAAUAUAUAUAG